AUGAGUAUAAUAUUUAGUAAGGAAAAUAUAUGUUUAAUUGAUCAUAUGGAUUUUGUUACCAAAUGCUACAGCAAUGUAAGAGAAAAAAAUAAUACAAAACAUUACACUUUAACACCUAAGUUGUUCUCAAUAAAACGUAAAAGCAUUAUCGCACCAAGUAAACAAUUCAGGAAAAGGAAACACAAUGAUAAUGUUCUUGAAGAAGCGCUAACUAUACAAGCAAUAUACAAUAAUCUCAUUGCAUCAUUACCGACAGGCUUAAAAACAGCAGUAAAAACUAAAUACAAUACAAUGGAUGCUUCUUCUUUAAGGGAUUUUUCAAAGAAUUUAUUUGAAUCAACUGACUAUGACCACAAAGAUACAAGCGGCGGUAAUAACUCUGAAGUCCCACUGAUAUGUCAAAUCAAAGGAUCUGAUUUUUUAGUACCAGGAAAAUGUAGAUUCAAAUGUGGCUGUGUAAAAGAAGAAUGUAAGAAAUUGGAUGGGAAUAAAUAUGAUAUUGUUAUAGCAGAUCCACCAUGGUGGAAUAAAUAUAUUCGAAGAUUGAAGAAGGCAGCUAUCAAACUAAGUUAUUCAAUGAUGUAUAAUGAAGAAAUCGCAUCAAUACCUAUAAACAAUCUAUUUUCUGACACCACCCUUAUAGCAGUGUGGUGUACAAAUUCCCCAAGCAAUAUUAAUUCUGUCAAGGAACUAAUUUUUCCUAAAUGGGGUGUUGAGUAUGUAACAACAUGGUAUUGGUUAAAGUUGACCAUAGAUUUAGAGCCUAUUUGCCCAUUUAGUAGUGGCUCAAAAAAACAACCAUAUGAAAGAUUAAUUAUGGGAAGAAGAGGAGACUUAAAAGUGCCGAAAAAUGUGGUGUUUGCAAGUAUUCCUAGCUCAUUACAUUCUCAUAAACCGCCACUUAAUGAUCUUUUCACAUACUAUAAUAUAUCAACAGAAGGACCACAUGUUUUAGAAUUAUUUGCAAGAUACCUGCUUCCAAAUACUACUAGUGUUGGUUAUGAACCAUUAAAAUGGCAAAAUUUAGCAUUGUAUGUAGAAGUUGACAAUAAAAAGAAUAAUGUUUAA